UGUCGGACGGACGACAGACGAGCUGUCGAUCAUGCCAGUUGUAGUCCGGAAUUUUUCUACUUCACACACGACCCGAUCCCAUCAUAGUCAGACACACACAUUUUUUUGUAUUUGAUUCGAAUCUUUUACUUUGUAAAAUCGUAACCGAGGCGUGACAGGCGGCGGCAGCAUCCACUCCCGCGCUCCGCUCUAAGUCGAUUCCACACAUCCGUAUUUCCCUCCAAUUAAUCUGUGCAAAUUGAAACGCGCGUGGUCCGCGAGUGAAACAUUAAAUUUUCAAGUCGCGGCAGCUGAACCGAAAGGCCAGUCGGUACAUUAACAAAAGCCCAGAGGACAACCAGAGCCGAUAAACAAAAACAGCAACCACGUAAAUUGUCAACAAAUUCCCAGGACUAUAGCAGGAGCUGAGAGUGGGCGGCCGAGCACCGAAGGAGAGAAGAUCUGGAGCUCGGCAGAACUCCGCUUCGGAACGGGAUCAGCCAGAGAGGAUUGUGUCGUGUGGCAGUUGUGUUCCGCGUUUCGUUAGUGUUCCAUGUUCGAGGUCCUGAACUGCCUCUCGGCGCACUUUGAGGACAGCUCACCACAUUGACUGCAGUUCUGGUUACAUCUUGUGGUUCGCGUUGCGUUGGAAUUGUAUAUAUUUUUUAUUUUUAUUGUGCGAAUUGCCAGUUGACUUGAAAGCCCCACAUAUCCGGCGCCUCCCAGUGAGAGCCCCCUCCCACGGAUCUGCGUUCCUCUACGGGGAAGCUGCCGCGUGGUGGACCCGUCGAGUGCUUGCCCUGCAGGGUGGAGUGCUCCGAAAGGUCGCCAGUCCGGGAAGCUGGUGGUGCGGCGUCACUUCGAAGCUGGCGAAGAAGAAGCUCCAGCAUCCCGGCGAGCAGGAGGUUCGCAAGGACAGGGCCCAAAACCGGGACAAAGACAGGCACAGGGACAAGGACAGGGACAAGGACAAGGUCAAGGAGCGGGAGAAGGAGAAGGAACAGCCAAUGGCCCACCAACACAACGUUCCCGCUCACGAGCGUCGCAUCCAUGAGCUGGACCAAAAUGUGGAGCGCAUCUUCGAUGUCCGAAAGCGCCUGGGUAAAGGUGCCUAUGGCAUCGUUUGGAAGGCCACCGAUAAGCGAAACAAGGACACCGUGGCCCUGAAGAAGAUAUUUGAUGCAUUCCGGGAUGAAACCGAUGCCCAGCGCACCUACCGCGAGGUGAUAUUCCUGCGAGCCUUUCGCCACCAUCCCAACAUUAUUCGCCUGAUGGACGUCUUCAAAGCUGGCAACAACUUGGACUUUUACCUGGUGUUCGAGUUCAUGGAGAGCGACCUGCACAACGUGAUCAAGAAGGGCGACGUCCUCAAGGACAUUCACAAGCGGUUCGUCAUGUACCAGCUGAUCAAUGCCAUCAAGUACAUGCACUCGGGCAACGUCAUCCACAGGGACCUGAAGCCCAGUAACAUACUGAUAGACAGUAAAUGCAGACUCAAAGUGGCUGAUUUUGGUCUGGCCCGCACGCUUUCCACCAAGCGCAAGGCCGAGUUCGAUGACAUGGACCACCAGGGCAUGCUGACGGACUACGUGGCCACCCGAUGGUAUCGCGCCCCCGAAAUUCUAGUGGCCAGUCGAAACUAUACCAAAGGCAUUGAUAUGUGGGGUCUGGGCUGCAUUCUGGGCGAGAUGAUAAGGCAGAAGCCCCUAUUCCAAGGCACCAGCACUGUCAAUCAGAUUGAGAAAAUCGUGCUGGCCCUGCCGGACGUGACCCAGCGGGACAUCGAGUCGAUCGGAGCCAGCUUCGGCACCGCCCUACUGAGCAAGAAGAUCCACCGCGACCGCCGCCACUCGCUGGACGAGAUGCUGAGGAACUGCUGCGACGACGCCAUCUCGCUGGUGAAGGCCCUCCUGGUCCUGAAUCCCCACGGCCGGCUGACGGCCAAGGCGGCCAUCCAGCACCCGUACGUGAGUCGCUUCCGGACCGCCUCCGCGGACAUGGAGCUGCGCGUGGACAUCCAUCCGCCGCUGAAGGACGACGUUCGCUACGGGGUGGACCAGUACCGGAACAGCCUGUACGACAUGGUGGGCCGGGAGUCGCGGGGCAGUGCCCGGACGAUCAGCAACGCCACGCCGUCCAGCAACCGGGAGACCUCCACGAAGCCCCAGCGAGUGGCUUCGCGGACCAGGACGUUGAGUGCCAACCAGCCGAGCCAGGCGGACAGGACGAUGGAGCUGCAUCAGCCGGAGACGAACACCCUGACCCGCAGGAUCGUCCAGCAGACGAAGCCGUUCCAGCCGGUGGCCCCAUCCUCCUGCUCGUCCCUGCCCAAGCCGCGUCCCCCCUCCAAGGAUGGCAUCCGAACAGAGCCGCCGGCCGCCCAGGCUCCCUCGUCUACACCUGCUAUGUCCACAGCAGCUCUGUCGUUGGCCGAGCGGCACCUGGCCAAGUGUCGGCAGAACAGGAUGGUGUUUCAGCGGGAACUGGCCGCCGUGGCGGCCACCGUGCCGCGCAAGAAGCCCACAGCAUGGCAGACGCAGGUCCAGGCCCAGGGCAAGUUUCGUGCCGAGGCAAAGGCCCACAUGGAUGCCCUGCUCCAGGCCCAGAUGCCCAACAGCACCACCACCACUCCCACCGACGGUUCCCCGGCGAAGAGUGUCCGGGAGGGGCAGGAGUCGACGCCCCCGCAGAGGAAUCGGACGCUGCGAUCCAAUCUGGGCAAGGAGGUCAAGGCCAGGGAGAAGGCCCUCAAGACGGAGUUCGCCAGGAAGGAGAAGGCGGCCACACCGCAGGAGCAAAUGGAGCGCCGCCGGCUGGAGAUCCAGGAGGAGAAGCUGCGGGUGCUCGAGAUGCAGCGGCGGCAGCGGGAGCGCAAGAAUCUACAGCGGCGACGCGUGGCCGAGAACCUCCGGCUGAUGGCCGAGGAGCGCGAGCAGCUCGAGGAGAUGGCCGAGCAGGAGGCGACGGCCAAGGCCUUUAGCGACAUUGCCCGCAAGGUAGAGAAGCUCACCCGGAAGAAGAAGAGGAACAAGAACCAGGACAAGGACUGGGAGGGCGGCGAAUCUAUGCCGGCGGAGCGGGAGGGGGCGGACAAAACGGACAUAUUCUACGCGGGCGUGGGCGUCUGUUAUCGCCAGAGGAUCAACCACCUCGAGGCCGAGAUGGCCAAGUGCAAGGAGCAGCUGGUGAAUUUCGUCCAGAACCACCAGGAUCUGCUCAACCACAAUAACCUGCGCUACCACUUCAAGAAACUGCAGCCCCGCAAGGACUCGGAGCCGGAGGAGGAGGAGGAUGGCAAGCCGCUGCCGGAGGGCAGUGGGGAUCCCGGCUCCCAGUCCUUCGAGCGCUUCCGCCGCGAGCAGCAAAAGCAGCGGCAGCGCCAGCUCCAAGAGUUCCUGGCCCGCGACGACACCAACGAGUUCGACAUCCCCGACCUGGCCAAUGUGUACCGGGCCAGUUGCUAUCUUCCCUUCAACCAACAGGCGGCGGACAGCGGCUCCUCCUCGCCGGACAGCGGGAGGCGCGAGUCCGGGUCGGAGCUGUCCCAGGAGCGGAACGAACCGCACCACACGCAGCACGCCAACUACUUUUCCAAGUACACCCAGCUGGAGGAGGCGCGGCGGAGGCAGAGGGACCAGCCGGUGCACCCGGAGCGCAACGAGAAGACCCGCCAGCUGGAGGAGCGCCUGGAGGAGCACCGGCUGCGGCAGGAGCAGCUGAAGGCCCAGCUGAAGGCCUGCAGGAAGCAGCACGAGGCCCUAGGCCUCCACCACAAGGUGCACCACCACCAGGCCACCAGUGGUCCCCGCUACGAUCCCAUGCGGCUGCGCGAGAGCGACAUCCAGGAGGCGAAUUUCUCUCAAGUAGUCAGCGGAACUGUCCUUGGCUAAUUGUCGCAGUCUUGACGCAAUAUAUACGCACGUGCAUAA